ACCACUACUCAAAAUUAUGGAAAUAAUAAAAUUAAGCCUUUGUUUAUUUCUUCUCUUUAAUUGUUGUUUCUCUCAAAUAGAGCAACAACAAAGCUUCUUAUGGCAGAAGCUUCAACAACAACAGCAACAUCGGCGCGGCCGAGCUAAAACUGAUUGUCGGAUCUCGAGCAUUAAUGCUCGAGAACCGACUUUAAAGUAUAACUCGGAGGCCGGGACCAUCAAGUUCUGGGAUCAGAACUCGGAGGAAUUUGAAUGCGCGGGAGUUGCUGCUGUGAGAAAUGAUAUUCAACCUAAGGGGUUGCUCUUGCCACAUUACAAUAAUGCCCCUCAACUCCUCUACAUUGUCCAAGGAAGCGGAAUUUUGGGGACAGUGAUACCCGGAUGUGCUGAAACAUAUGAAUCACCACAAAGAGAGAAAAGCAUGAGAGAAGAACAAAGCAGAUCAGAGGGAGAAAGCCAAUUCAGAACCGGCGGUGAUCGCCACCAGAAAAUCAGGCAAUUCCGACAAGGCGAUGUACUUGCAUUGCCUGCCGGUAUCACACUUUGGUUUUAUAACAAUGGACAAGAAAGACUUGUUACUGUCGCAUUGCUUGAUAUUAGCAACCCUAUUAACCAACUCGAUCUCCAAUUCAGGCAUUUCUUGCUAGCUGGAAGUCUAAAUCCCAAAGGAUUAAGUGGAAGUGGGUAUGAAGAAGAAAUCCGAAGUCGAAAAGAACAUGAACAAGGCGAACAACAACAUCAAUCCGUCAACCUAUUCGACGGAUUCGAUCAAGAUCUCCUCGCUGAUGUUUUCAAUGUGGAUCGUGAUUUGGUCAAGAACUUAAAGGGCCGAGAAGAUCAAAGGGGCCAAAUUAUUCGGGCUGAGAAUUUCGAUGUUCUCAGCCCGAAAUUCGAAGAGGAAGAGCAACCUCACAGGCCCGGAAGAGGAUCACAGCCCAAUGGGCUUGAAGAAACUUUUUGCACCAUGAGGUUUAGAGAGAACUUGGGCCGCCCAUCCCGUGCUGACGUGUACAAUCCACGUGGAGGACGCAUCAGCACCCUCAACAGCCAUAAGCUUCCAAUCCUCAAUUGGCUACAGCUCAGUGCUGAGAAAGGAGUCCUUUACCAGAAUGCAGUUAUGGCACCAUAUUGGAACAUGAAUGCCCACAGUAUCAUCUACAUCCUCCGAGGGACCGGACGGAUUCAGGUGGUCGGGGACACUGGAAACUCUGUCUUCGACGAUGAGGUCAGGGAGGGACAAAUGAUAGUCGUGCCACAAAAUUUCGCGAUAGUUAAAAAAGCAGGCAACGAAGGACUCGAGUACAUCGCCUUCAAGACCAACGAUCAAGCCAUGACCAGCUCAUUAGCUGGGCGUUUAUCGGCUAUCCGGGCCAUGCCGGAGGAAGUGUUGAUGAACUCUUAUCAAAUUUCCAGGCAAGAAGCUAGGAGCUUGAAGUAUAAUAGGGAAGAAGCUAGUGUUUUUGCGGGAAGAAAGUCAACAGGAAGAAAGUCAAUGGAGUAUGCAUUGACUGCUGUUGAGGCUUUCUUAAAAGCCUAAUUAAUUAAAGUUGUAUUUUGAAUAAUAAUAAUAAUAAUAGUAGUCAAGAACGUAAAGUUUAUGAGUUUUGAUGAAGUUAUUAUUAAAAUAAAUGAGUUGAGUAGUGACUCUUU